GGCCUCCGCGUUCGUCCGUUUUCUCCUGGCGAGCGUCGCCGUGUGCCUGCGCCCGGGCGGGGGGCCGCAAUCGCGAUUCGACCUUUCCCCCCAUUUUUCUUCUUCCCCCCCCAACCCCACGCGGCUCCCCGGUCGGCGCUUGCUCAGAGAACUCAGCGCCGAGGUGGCCGAGAGUGUCUAAGGCCACAGGGGAAAAUGGUGGAAAAUUCACCGUCGCCAUUGCCAGAAAGAGCGAUUUAUGGCUUUGUUCUUUUCUUAAGCUCCCAGUUUGGCUUCAUACUGUAUCUCGUGUGGGCUUUUAUUCCUGAAUCUUGGCUGAACUACUUAGGCUUAACCUAUUGGCCUCAGAAAUACUGGGCAGUUGCGUUACCUGUCUAUCUCCUUAUUACUAUACUAAUUGGUUAUGUACUUUUGUUUGGAAUUAACAUGAUGAGUACCUCUCCACUCAACUCCAUCCAUACAAUCACAGAUAAUUAUGCUAAAAAUCAACAGCAGAAGAAAUACCAAGAAGAGGCCAUUCCAGCUUUAAGAGAUAUUCCUAUUAGUGAAGUAAACCAAAUGUUCUUUCUCGCAGCCAAAGAACUUUACACCAAAAGCUAAAUUGUAACACCAAGCAUUUACUUAUAAAUGUUUAACAUAAUAAUUUUGGCCGUAAUUAUUUUGACCAUCUCUUUUACUAAUACCCAGUAUUGAGAUGUAAAAAAGUAAGUUGAUUUUCUGUUAGAUAAAGUUCAAUUAAUACUGUAAAUGUUCUCAAAUAUAAGUUAUUAAAGGGCAGAAUAAAUAAAAUACUACA